AUGUCUCCCGAGGAGCGGACCUAUCUGGUGGUUCUUCUCAUCUCCAUCCCGAUCGGCUUCCUCUUUAAGAAAGCUGGACCCGGGCUGAAGAGAUGGGGCGCGGCGGCCGUGGGCCUGGGGCUCACCGUGUUCACCUGCGGCCCCCACACGCUGCACUCUCUGGUCACCGUGCUGGGGACCUGGGCGCUCAUUCAGGCCCAGCCCCGCUCCUGCCACACCCUGGCUCUGGCCUGGACCUUCUCCUAUCUGCUGUUCUUCCGAGCCCUCAGCCUGCUGGGCCUGCCGACUCCUACGCCCUUCACCAAUGCCGUACAGCUGCUGUUGACGCUGAAGCUGGUGAGUCUGGCCAGUGACGUCCAGGACCUGCACUUGGCCCAGCGGAAGGAAAUGGCCUCGGGCUUCAGCAAGACGCCCGCCCUGGGGCUGCUGCCCGAAGUUCCCUCCUUGAUGGAGACGCUGAGCUACAGCUACUGCUACGUGGGGAUCAUGACAGGCCCGUUCUUUCGCUAUCGCACCUACCUGGACUGGCUGGAGCAGCCCUUCCCGGAGGCCGUGCCCAGCCUGCGGCCCCUGCUCCGCCGGGCCUGGCCGGCCCCGCUCUUCGGCCUGCUCUUCCUGCUGUCCUCCCAUCUCUUCCCACUGGAGGCCGUGCGCGAGGACGCCUUCUAUGCGCGCCCACUGCCCGCCCGCCUCUUCUACAUGAUCCCAGUCUUCUUUGCCUUCCGCAUGCGCUUCUACGUGGCCUGGAUUGCUGCUGAGUGCGGCUGCAUCGCUGCCGGCUUUGGGGCCUACCCUGUGGCCGCCAAGGCCCGGGCCGGGGGCGGCCCCACCCUCCAAUGCCCACCCCCCAGCAGUCUGGAGAAGGCGGCUGCCCUGGAGUACGACUACGAGACCAUCCGCAACAUCGACUGCUACAACACAGACUUCUGCAUGCGUGUGCGGGAGGGCAUGCGGUACUGGAACAUGACGGUGCAGUGGUGGCUGGCACAGUACAUCUACAAGAGCGCGCCUGCCCGCUCCUACGUCCUGAGGAGCGCCUGGACCAUGCUGCUGAGCGCCUACUGGCACGGCCUGCACCCCGGCUACUAUCUCAGCUUCCUGACCAUCCCGCUGUGCCUGGCUGCCGAGGGCUGUUUGGAGUCGGCGCUGUGGGGGCGGCUGAGCCCCGGGGGCCAGAAGGUCUGGUAUUGGGUGCACUGGUUCCUGAAGAUGCGUGCCUACGACUACAUGUGCAUGGGCUUCGUGCUCCUGUCCAUGGGCAGCACGCUGCGGUACUGGUCCUCUGUCUACUUCUGCGUGCACGUCGUGGCCCUGGCCUGCCUGGCGCUGGGGCUGGCUUUGGGAGGGGGCAGGCGCAGCCGGCCGAAGACGGCCUCCCAAGCCACCGGCACCGCCCCGGAGAAGCUGCGGGAGGAGUGAGCUGUCCCGGCGCGCCCCCUGCCGGCCGGUCCUGCCGCACGCGGUGCCCCGGGGACCCGCGCCGGGCCGCCGUCUCCCGUGCGCGCUGGAGUCCCGGCCAGGCCGGCGCCUGGAGAGGGCUCCCUCUUCCCUGCUAGCUGCCCGCCUUGGACUGGAUGAGAGCAGAGCCGAGGCUGUGCCUCUCCCGCUUGGCCCUCUGACGUCAGGGUGCGGUCCGGACACCUGUCCCUGCCUGGCCGCAGCGUUGGAGCCGCCGUCCCGGGGCAGCAGGGAGGGAAGGCGCCGUGUGCCUUCUCGGACGCUUUCUCUUCGGGUCUCCAGCGGGGACGGCCCCGGGGCGGGUUCUGGGAGCGAGCGCCUCUUCCUGUGUCUUGUUCCAUUUUUAAUCUCAUGCAACCGGUGUUCAGGCGUGCAGGGGGAGCGACCCUGGUUUCCUGAGUGGGGCUGGGAAUUUGCUCCCGCAGCCCCCGCCGUCCCUCGGCCCAGGAGGGGUUAGAACGUGUCGAUCUUCCCAAUAAAGUGUGUCACA